AUGGAUAUUUUUAGAGUAUUGACUAGAGGUGCUUCUGUUAAAAAAAAUCAAUCCAAUAGUGGAAAGUCAGUUGAUUAUAGUCUCGAGACCAAUAAGAAAAAAAGUACCAAACAUGAAGAAGUGCAGCUAACGAGAGAACUAGAUUUCUUCCGUAAUAAAAGGAUUAUUACUAAAGUUGAGAAAGAAAAAAUAGGGAAAGAAGAUGAAUUUACUACUGGAACAAAUGAAGACGAAGAAGGACAGGAGAAAGAAGAAACUGUAGAAGAUGAACCAAUCAAGCCAAUAAUCACAAAUGCGGAAGAAGCUACUGCUUUACGUAAAUCUUAUAAAGGUAAUAUAUCAGGUGAGGAUAUUCCAUUCCCCAUCGGCUCAUUUGAAGAUUUGAUAACUAGAUUCAACCUAGAUAAAAGACUACUUUCCAACUUAAUCGAUAAUCAUUUCACCGAACCAACGCCUAUACAGUGUGAAAGUUUGCCAAUAACGUUGUAUGACCGUGAUCUGUUAGCUUGUGCCCCAACUGGUUCUGGUAAAACACUCUCUUUCCUAAUUCCAUUGGUACAACAAGUCAUUAACCAAAAAGAGAAGGAAGGUUUGAAAGGUCUUAUUAUUUCACCAACAAAAGAACUAGCAAACCAAAUUUAUAUGGAAUGCAUAAAACUUACGAAUAGAAUUUUCCUUGGGAAAAAGAAACCAUUGCAAAUAGGUUUAUUAUCUAGAUCUUUGAGUGCGAAGUUCAAGAAUAGAGUAAUCAAUGACAAAAAGUAUGAUAUCAUUAUUACAACUCCAUUGAGACUUAUUGAUCUUUUGAAUGCGGAAGCUCUUGAUUUGAACAAUUUGAGGCAUUUAAUCUUUGAUGAAGCUGAUAAAUUAUUUGAUAAGACUUUUGUUGAACAAAGUGACAGCAUUUUGUCUUUAAUCAGCGCAAAGAAUUUAAAGCUUCGUAAAUCUAUGUAUUCAGCUACAAUCCCUUCUCAUAUUGAAGAUAUUGCAAAGAGUUUAAUGUUGGAUCCUGUACGAGUUAUCAUUGGUCAUAAAGAAUCCGCAAACUCUGACAUUGAACAAAAACUAGUCUAUUGUGGUAACGAAGAAGGUAAAUUAAUUGCCAUAAGGCAAUUAGUUCAAGAAGGUGAGUUUAAGCCACCUGUAGUUAUAUUUUUGGAAUCCAUUGUGAGGGCCAAAGCCCUUUAUCACGAACUAAUGUAUGAUAGGAUGAAUGUCGAUGUUAUUCACGCCGAAAGGACUGCUACACAAAGGGAUAAAAUUAUUGAAAGGUUUAAAAGUGGAGACCUAUGGUGUUUGAUUUGUACAGAUGUGUUAGCUCGUGGUAUUGAUUUUAAAGGUGUUAAUCUAGUUAUCAAUUAUGAUAUUCCAAGAAAUGCUCAAGCAUACGUCCAUAGAAUUGGUAGAACUGGUAGAGGUGGUAGGUCAGGUAAGGCUAUAACCUUUUACACCAAGCAAGAUGCUGUUGGAGUAAAACCGAUUAUCAAUGUUAUGAAGCAAAGUGGAUGUGAAGUUGCAGAAUGGAUGGAAAAGAUUUCUAAGAUAAGUAAAAAUGAAAAGCAAGCCUUGAAGAAGGGUAAACUACAUAAGGAAAGGAAACAAAUUAGUACCGUGCCUAAGAUUGAUAAGCUAAAGAGAAAACGUAAGAAGGAAAUGAUCGAAGCAACCAAGAGACGGAAAAUGGCAGAAAACGAAGCAACCAUAGAAUCGGAUUAG